CAGGCCAGGGCUACCAAAGCAUGGCAGCUGCUGAGGCGGCGGUGGUGUCGUCGUCGUCAUCCUUGAAACCAGACACAGCCCCAGUCCCCGAAAGUGCAGGGACAGCUGCAGGCACGGCCGCCGCACCCUCAGCGAUGGCUGCAGCCGCGGCGGUAGCGGCCGCGGCCAGGACCGGAUCCGAAGCCAGGGUCUCCAAGCCCGGGUUGGCUACUAAGCUGCUGUCUCUGAGCGGCGUGUUCGCCGUGCACAAGCCCAAAGGGCCCACUUCAGCCGAGCUGCUGAAUCGGCUGAAGGAGAAGCUGCUGGCAGAAGCUGGAAUGCCUUCUUCAGAAUGGACCAAGAGGAAAAAGCAAACUUUGAAAAUUGGGCAUGGAGGGACUCUAGACAGUGCAGCCCGAGGAGUCCUGGUGGUCGGAAUUGGAAGGGGAACAAAAAUGUUGACCAGUAUGUUGUCAGGGUCCAAGAGGUAUAUUGCCAUUGGUGAACUGGGGAAAGCUACUGACACACUAGAUUCUACAGGGAAAGUAACAGAAGAAAAACCUUACGAUAAAAUAACACAAGAAGAUAUUGAAGGCAUUCUACAGAAAUUUACUGGGAAUAUAAUGCAAGUACCUCCCCUCUAUUCUGCAUUAAAGAAAGAUGGACAGAGACUUUCAACUUUGAUGAAGAGAGGUGAAGUAGUAGAAGCAAAACCUGCCAGGCCAGUUACCGUAUACAGUCUCUCCCUUCAAAAAUUCCAGCCACCAUUUUUCACAUUAGAUGUUGAAUGUGGAGGAGGUUUUUAUAUCAGAAGCUUGGUCAGUGACAUUGGCAAAGAGCUCUCUUCCUGUGCCAAUGUGCUGGAGCUAACCCGAACCAAACAGGGGCCCUUUACACUGGAGGAGCACGCCCUUCCUGAAGACAGGUGGACGAUUGAUGACAUCUCACAGUCUCUCGAGCAGUGCUCGUCUCUCCUCCCAGCAGAGCUGGCACUUAAAAAAUCAAAACCUGAGGAGUCUAAUGAGCACGUUUUGAGCUGUGAGUAUAUAACUCUAAAUGAGACAAAGGGAGGAGAUGAUGUAAUUAAGACAUUUUAAGAUUGGCUUGGGAUUAUCAUCAUUUCCUGGUUGACAUUUGAAUCCUGUACAGAAUGACAAGCUACAUGCAAAAGACAAAUGUUUCCUUUUUUUUUUUUUUUUUUUUUUGCAUGAAGGAAAAUGUCCAUCAUUUAUGGUUUUCCAUGGUGCACAAUUUAUCUGCUGUACAUUAUAAAUAGCCUUGCAGUUGUUCAGUUCUUGCUGUACUAUAGAAUGUUCCUUUAGGAGGUUAUUAUGCUGUUAGAUUGGAUUCAGGAAAAUCAACUUUCUGAUUUUGAUCUCUCUUCAAAGUCUUUUCCUGUGAAAAAGUUGAUCACGUUUUCUAAUCAGAGAAAAAAAGAUGAGGUACACUUUUCUUUGGUGUCACAAAGUGAAUGUAUAUUAGUUUCUUUGACUUUAUUUUGGCUUUUUGGUGGCUCUGGUUAUUUAAAUUCCUUAACUAUGUUUGAAAAAGCCAUUAUUUAACUCUUAUAUUUUGGAGAGUUUAUGAUUAUUAACAUUUCUUUGGUAAGGCUGCACUUAUCUUGGUAAUGCUGUGUUUGUUUAGAUCUUGGAAACUAAUACACUUUUAUAAUAAAAAUUUGUAAAUGAACCAAAUUAUUGCUGCUACCACUGAUGGAAUAUAAGUAGAAGACUAACUGUUUCAUUAAAUUCACGUCUCCUCUGCCGUUAGCACAGGACGGCUCCUAUGGCUUAUGUUUUGGCAGCUAUGAGAUAUUUUCCUGGUAAUUUAUCAGUAUAGUUGGGGACCCCCCAACUCCCCCGUACUAAUUUACUUAAUACCUAAUUUUAAAAAAUUAAGCUAAAGAUUAAAAACGUCUUUUCUCUAUUCUUUACUAUUCAUUAUAGGUCUUUAUAGGGUAUCAAUCCCCAUGAUAUUUUGUUUUCAGUUGGCUUUUUCAAGUGAUGUUUAUAGAUGCUGAGAUUGCUGCCCUGCAUUUCCAGUUAAUCCCUUCUGCUCUAAAUGUUUAAAAACAGCUAUUCUCAAACGUUUUUAUUCGGGUAGCCUGCUGGAAGCUCCCUGCCCCUCUUUACCGUAGUUUUGAAAACAGUCACAUUCCAAAAUAGUGAAUUUCAUCAGGAAUGAGUGCUUCAUAUUUUUGCUAUAGGAAAGCAAUGUAUAAUGCAGCCAGUCUGUAGAAAUGUUCAAAUCCUGCUGCAUUUAUUCAAGUAAAUAUAAUUGCAAAAGGAAGAAUUGUUAAAUUUUUCAUCAGAUAAGCGUUUUUAGAUUUUUAUGAACUGUCUUUCUUUGAAAGGUGAUUUUGUUUCACGACCUCUACCUUAUAAACUGUUUGUAAACAAAAGUGCUCUUAUUUGUGGUUAACCUAAUAUAAACUCAAUAUACAAAGUUACAUGCUUCAGUAGAGCACUUUCAGCAUAUUGGCAGCAUUUUUCAAAUGGAAGUAUGAAAACAUUCUUAGUAUGACACAGAAAAUUAUAAGGAAAAGGGUUGGUUAUCAUAAUGCCUUAAGUAAAGCACCAAACACACAAAGUUGUAAAUGGAAACUUUUGCAGUUUUACUUAUUCAUAUCUAGUGCCCUGCGAUUUGUGUAACCAAAGGUGGCAGUGGCCGCCUCUUGCUGUUGCAAGGGCGCAGGUUACAAUAUGUCUUCAUACACUGCCAGGUAAGGUCCAGCUGGAGGAAUAUACAACAACUGGGGCAUCUCUGCUCUAUUUCUCAACUUAAAAUUUAGCAUGUAAUAUAACUUACUAAUGGAGAAGAGUAUAGAUUUUUUGAAAAGACAAGUGGCUUUUAAAAAUGGUAACCAGUCUUUUUCUCUUAUUGAACACAUUGAAGAAAAUUUUGCCAAAUGGAAAAAUUACCCAUAACCCUCACCAUCGUGAUACAGUGACUUCAGAACUUCAGUUUUGUAUUAUUCUUUCCCUUUCUUUUGUUCACAUAAUUACAGUCUAAAGACACCUGUACGUUUCAUUUCAUAUUAUUUGACUAUUUGUAUAUUUAGUUUUGGUAAUGAUUAUUUUAAUCAUAUUACUUCAUUUUAUUUAUACUGUUUCCCUGUUGCUGAAUACUUAGGUUAUUUUCAAUUUUGUUAGGAUAAAGUUCCUGGGAGUGGGAUUCUUAAAUGGAAUAACAUGAACAACGUUAUGGUUCUUAAUAAGUUUGCCUUAUUGCUUACUCAAAGAGUUGUAACAUUUUAUAGUGUCAUCGUUUGAGUAUAUCUGUAUAAAAGUUUACAGCUUUGGGUGGGGGUUUUAUAUGUUGUUGUUGCUAAUUUAGUAAGUUAUACAAGUUCAAAAGUGCUCUGAUUUGCCUUUGUGUGACUUUUUCAUAUACUUUGUUCACUUAUACAAAUAAAUGUCUUAAUGGUU